AUGGCUCGUCCAAGGAUCUCCAUUCCGAUUAUUUGCUUAUUGCUUUUUAUUGUAGGUUUUGUCUCGCAAUCUUGUGAAGCUAGAAAGGUUCUAAUGCCUUCCAAUGCAAGCAAGGGAAUGUUUCUUAGUGCCCUACCAAAGGGUAAUGUGCCACCUUCGGGUCCAAGCGACAAGGGGCACACUUCUCCGCCAGAGGAUUAUUCCGACAAGCAUACGGUUGCGGAAAACUCACCGGAGAUUUACCGUCGACUAGGAUCGGUCCCUAGCCCCGGCGUUGGUCAUUAG